AUGCCAGAAAACCUCCAAACAAGAUUACAUAACUCACUCGACGAGAUAUUGAAAUCAUCAGGAUACAUAUUUGAGAUAAUUGACCAAAACAGAAAACAAAGCAAUGUGAUAACUAGCCCCAACAACGAACUAAUCCAAAAAUCCAUAACCCAACUGCUCAACGGUGAAAUCCAAAACUUCCAUGCUAUUCUAGACCAAACAGUGUCGAAACUCAAUGAUGCAGAGUGGUGUCUCGGCGUUAUGGUUGAAAAGAAAAAGAAAUUUGAAGAAUUGAAAGUCAUAGAAGCAGCGGCAAGAAAGAAACGUGAAGAAGAGGCUAAGAAGAAGGAAGAAGAGGCCAAGAAGAAGGAAGAAGAGGCCAAGAAGAAGGCAGAGGAGGCCAAGAAGAAGGCAGAGGAGGCCAAGAAGAAGGCAGAGGAGGCCAAGAAGGCAGAGGAGGCCAAGAAGGCAGAGGAGGCCGUCCCACAAAAGUUUGACAACUUUGACGACUUUAUUGGCUUUGACAUCAACGACAUGCAGAACGACGAUACCAUCGACGAUACCAUCGACGAUACCAUCGACGAAACCAUCGAUGAAACCAUCGACGAUACCAACGACGAAGACAUGUUGUCCAACAUGGACUACGAAAAUCUAGAUCCGGACGAGACCAUCGACGAAGUACCUGCCACCACAGACAGCGACUUGGACAUGAACAACAUACUUGAAAACAACGAGCUGAUAUUAGACGGGUUGAACAUGACAUUCCUCGACAAUGGCAACAACACCAACCACGUAAACGAAGAGUUUGAUGUAGACGGCUUUUUAAACCAGUUUGGUAAUUAG